UCGCAUCGCGGCGCAGCGCUGCCCGGGGGAUCUCCUCUCCUCCUCCUCCUCCACACAUGCAUGCACACCACCCUCGCAUCGCAUUCAAUUCCCGCUUGCCCCCACCACCUCCCUCCAUAUCAACAUCCCGCCACUCCCAUCUCCCCACUGCUGCUCCUCACUCCACUCUGCUCGCUCUCUCGCUCGCUAGCUAUAGCCUAUAGCUAGGUACCUAGAAGCCUAGAGGAUAAUAUGAGCCGCGCGCAGCCUGGCGGGGCGGCCGCCGGCGGCGGCGGCGCGGCGAGGCUCAAGCCGUCCCCAAGGGCGCUCUUCUCGUGCGGGAUCUUCAGCACCUGCACGCACCCGGCGCUCAGCCCGACGGCCACGCCCAACAACAAUGUCGUGGCGGGGAUGGGCGGGGCCAAGGGCGGAUCGGGCACGCCGUGCGGCGGGGAUGCGGCCGCGGCGUCGCCGGUCGUGGAGGCGGCGGCGCCGGCGGUGGAGAUGAGUAGUCAUCAUCAGCAUCCGCAGCAGCAGCAGCAGCAGGGUGCGGCGGUGCAGAGGAGCGUCGGGCCGUCGUCGUCCUCGUCGUCGUCCUCGUCUUCGGCGUCGCAGAGCUUCACGCAGUGGAGGCUGCCGGUGCAUCACCCGCCGCAAGCGUCGGGGUCGGCGGGAGGAGGAGGAGGUGGUGGAGGUGGGGGUGGGGGUGCGGUGAUGAUGAGCGCGGAGGAGAAGUUCGCGGCGGGGGAGGUGGUGGCGGCGCUGCGGACUGUGGAGAGGGAGAUGGAGGCGGCGGCGAGGGCGGUGCCGGUCGCCGUCGUGGCCGGGGUCGUGGCGGCGGUGCGGGAGCCGGAGACGGCGAGGCUCGCGGCGAAGGUGCUGUUGGUCGUGCUGCUGGAAGAAGGGAACAGGGAGGCGGCCGUCGAGGCCGGCGCGGCGUCGGCGGCCGUGGAGGCGGUGGCGGCGUCCGGGCCGGCGGGGGCCACGGCGGAGCGCGCGCUGGCGGCGCUGGAGCUCCUCUGCACCGCCGCCGGCGGCGCCGCGGCCGUGCGGAGGGAGCCCCUGGCCGCGCCCGUGCUGGCGCGCGCCGUGGAGGGCAUGGCCGGCCGCGGACGCGAGUGCGCCAUCGGCGUCCUGGCGGCCAUCUACGGCAGGAACGGCGACGAGGCCGCCUCGUCGCCGCCGUCGCCGCCGCCGCCGGAGGUGGUGAAGGCGGUGGUGGCGGCGAUGCAGGGGGAGUGCAGCGCGCGGGGGCGGCGCAAGGGCGCGCAGCUGCUGCGCGCGCUGCAGGAGGGCGGCCGCCUCGGCCUCGCGUGGGACGGCGUCGGCGAGCCCUGACAAUGUGGGCCCAGGAAGCCAGCCUCUCGCGAUCCUGGGCCCCACCCGCAGUGAGAGAGUGAGACAGGGAAGGGGUGGGCCCAGCGUGUUGGGGGUGAGCGAUUAAAACGGUGCUGUCCCCUUUGGCGACUGAGUUGUGGUCACCACUGUAGGUUUGUGAUGAAUGUGUACGAUCUGUUCCCUGAAAUUUGUCCCCACGCUGCAUGCCGCAUCUUGCUCCAUUACCCCAAAUUUUC